AUGGAAAAGUUCUACAAAGAAAACGAAGGAAAGCCAGAAAACAAGGAAACCGCAGAAGAUGAAGGAAGUACGGAAGAUGAAGGAAAUCCAGAUGAAGAAAAGUUGGACAUUGAGAGGAAGCCAGUACACGAGGGACAGCUCGAGGAAGAGGGAGAGUUAGGUGAAUCAGGACAACAGCAGGAUGAGGGCAAGUCAGAAAAGCAGGGAAAGUCUUCUGAAGGUGAGGGCAAGCCACAAGGGGAGGGCAAGGCAGAAUCCCAGGCAAAGCCAGCCAGCGAGCCGCGCGCUGCUGAGAAGCGCCCAGCUGAAGAUUAUGUGCCUAGGAGCAAAAGAAAAACGGACAGGGGGACUGACGACUCCCCCAGGGACUCUCAGGAGAAUUUGCAGGACAGGCAUUUGAGCAGUGAGGAGAUGAGAGAAUGUGGAGAUGUGUCAAGGGCUCAGGAAGAGCUGAGGAAAAAACAGAAAAUGGGUAGCUAUCACUGGAUGCAGAGAGAUGCCCAGGAUGCAUUCGCCCCCAGGGGCCAACGUGGUGUCAGGGGAGUGAGGGGCGGAGGUAGAGGCCAGAAGGAUUUAGAAGACGUUCCUUAUGUCUAAUGUCUUUGGCCUUUAAUUCUGAUUUCUCUGAUGGGAAUCUUCCCAGCCCUGCUUUUCCUGGCAGGCAUUUGCCGGGCUAUGUGCUUUAACCUUAUGCUGAUACUUUCUUUUAGGUGUCACUAUCCUUACCAGCAGACUUCGACCCAAGUACAGCACUCUGUCUUUUAGUACCGGAUUUUCAUCCAUGUGCAUGGAAGAGAUGUUCAUAGUACAUUACAAAAUAACAAUAAACAGUUUGCAGAAUCA